UGCAGAGAGCGAGGAGAGAGGAGGCGGAACGGAGCCGCAGCAUGACCGACGCCGAGGCGCAGAGCGCUCCACCUGCGGAGGACAGCAAACCGCAGCCGGAGAGGAAAGUCAUAGCCUCUGCAGUUCAAGGCACAGUAAAAUGGUUCAACGUGCGCAACGGCUAUGGCUUCAUAAACAGGAAUGACACCAAGGAAGACGUCUUUGUUCAUCAGACUGCCGUCAAGAAGAACAAUCCCAGGAAAUUCCUCCGCAGUGUUGGAGAUGGAGAAGUUGUAGAGUUUGACGUAAUUGAAGCAGCCAAGGGCUCCGAGGCAGCAAACGUGACGGGUCCGGGUGGCGUUCCGGUAAAAGGCAGCCGGUACGCUCCCAACAAACGGCGUUUCCGUCGGCGGUUCUUCCCCCGCAGCGCACAGCCCGGUGACCCGAGCAAACCUGACGAUGACCAAACCGCCGCUCCCGAGGCGGAAGGAUCAGAGGAAAACGCAGCCGAGGGGCCUCAGCUGCCACGUCGGCGGAGGCCGCGGAGACCACGGCAGGAGGCGCAAAACGGUGAAGUAGAAGAACAUAAAGACGGAGCUGCAGACGACACUCAGGCGCAGCAGCGACCGCCGCGGCGCAGGUUCUGGCGUCCGUAUCGCAGGCCGUUCCGUCCUCGCCCACCUUUGGAUCAGGCUGCAGGUGACCAGAAACCGCCUGCUCCGGUGGAGACCAAGGAGCCGGAGGAGGGCAAGCAGGUGGAGGCCCCCAGCAGCCCCCACACCAACGGAGAAACCACAGAGGGCCAGAAACCAAUGCGCCCGACUAGACGACGCCGGCAGAGAGCCUCGGAGUCGUCCACUUCAAAAAAUGAUACAGAAAAGUCUGCGUCAGACCCUGGUACCCCACCUCAGACCUCCAAACCAUCAGAGCUGAAGUCCACAUCUAAAUCUCCGAAGUCGUCUCCCAAAACGUCUCCUAAAACGCCAAAAUCGCCCGAGGCAGCUGCUCCAGCAGUCCAAGCACCAACGGAGUAAGUCCAGGAUGGUGGUCACGUGACCCUGAGCAGGAGGUGGAGGGCCCCCCACUGUGUCUCAAAGGACUGUCUGGGGUCGCGCUGCGUCUGCUUCCAUGUGACUCGCUGGCCGUCGUUCAGAGGGCCUCGUGACGGACAUUAAACGGGGUUUAAGGUGGAGUUAUGGCAUUAAAGGGAUGGAAAAAGGAUUUUUAGAGUCUUUAAGGACAUUUCUUGUGUUUUUGGAUUAAGAAUUUAGUUUUUUGUCUCAAACUGGAAACCAGGAUUUCAGACCAGUCUAACUGAUGCUUCAGAAAUUUGCUUUGUUCGAUCCCUGUGCCUCCUUUUGGUUUUGUAGGCCCUAUCAUUUUAGAGGACCGACGCUCUUUCACAACACAUGCACUGCUUUCCCCUCCUGCACUCUCCCAUCCUUGUCACCUGACCCCCCCACCAUCAUGCGUUCAUGUCUAGACACAGACUAAAGAGUGUGGUGGGAAUCUAAUGAGUGUAUGUUUAAAAGUUAAAAAAAAUCUUUGGAAAGAAAAAAAAUAGACGAUCUGCUUGGUAGUGGAGUUAUUCAACCCCCCUCCUGAAAGAACAUUUUCUUUAAUGAUGACAUCAAGUAGUUUAAAGGAACCAGCCUUGUUUUUAAUUUGAGGGGAAACCCAAGCAGGUGUGCAUUUGGUGGUGCAUCAUGGGAGUCAGUUUAGUUCUGGUACCACCUGAGUCGAUCUGAAACGCUCUACUCUCCGUCUCCUCGGCUUUGGAUGAAGCCACGGAGGAACUUUAUUUCCUGAGCUUUUUUAUUUUUUUUUUUGUUUUCUGUUUGGAGGGGAUUAUGUGCAAUGUCAGUAUUUGACUGUUUAAUUAAUAAAUCAUGUCUGCAAAUCUCAA